AUGCCUCCAACCAAGAAAGCCCGGUUGAAGUUUGACCCAAACACUGUCUUUGUUAUCACAUCGUCCACCACCAAAGAUCAAGUUCCGAAUGAUGUACGGUUCGUCCGCAUUGAUGGAUCAGUUCGUGUCCUUCCCGAGCAAUUAUUUAUGUAUCACACCUCAUUAGAAGAAGUAAUCUUCGAAGAAGGUGUUCGCACCAUUGGGGAGAAUGCCUUUGCAUAUUGCGGAGCGUUGACCAAAGUCAAACUUCCCUUUACAUUGCGAGAGAUUAUUGACAGGGCUUUCUUUUCUUGUUCGAGCUUAACUUCAAUUGAUUUACCUGUGGGGCUCAAAGUCGUUGCAGAAUUUGCGUUUGGGUUUACAAAUUUGCGCCGUCUAGAAUUUCCUGCUACAGUGGUAACCAUCAGAGAUGGAGCUUUCUACUGCUGUGAAGAGUUGGAAUCCAUGAGUCUUCCCCCAAGCUUAGAGGUGAUCCCGUUACAUCUUUUCUACUCGUGCGAGAAUUUGGAAGAGAUUGAGAUUCCAAGAACAGUAAAGAUCAUUGCGAAUGGCGCUUUCAAUUGUUGCUCGGCCUUGAAGAAAUUGGAUUUAUCACACUGCACCCAAUGCUUCACGAUUGGACACUAUGCCUUUACCGGUUGUUCGGUGAUGUCGUGGAUAACCCUUCCGCCCAAUCUCGAAUUGAUCAACGGAGGAACAUUCGAAAAUUGCUCGGAAUUGACGCAUAUCCGCGUGCCCCCGAAUGUCACUUCCCUUGGGCUCACAAAAGUACCCAUACAAUCCUUCAGUCCAUUUGGUGGGUGCACUUCGUUGUUAUCCCUGGAACUUCCAGAAGGAUUGGAAAAGACCGAGAUGCUUCACGAAAACCGGGGAGGAAGAAAUAACUGGGUAGACCUUGUCACAAAUCUACAACACUGA